GGUCCCAAAACUCUUCUCAUACCACUAGUCUCGCAGCGUCAUCAAAAGACUGCGCACUUUCGAUGUUCAUUUCUUCUUGGUAGUGAAGGGAACCGGCUGCACGUUUUUGAUACAGACGUUAAAAUGUUCGGAGGAUCCGCACCUAUUUUGGUGCUUAGCCAAAAUACUAAGCGCGAGUCGGGCCGCAAAGUACAGCUGCAGAACAUCAACGCGGGCAAGGCAAUCGCUGAUGUCAUUCGAACAUGUCUUGGACCGCAAGCUAUGUUGAAGAUGUUGAUGGACCCCAUGGGCGGCAUUGUCAUGACCAACGAUGGCAAUGCAAUUCUUCGGGAAAUCACUGUUCAGCAUCCUGCUGGCAAGUCGAUGAUUGAAAUUGCUCGCACCCAGGAUGAAGAGGUUGGAGAUGGCACCACCUCAGUUAUCGUACUUGCAGGUGAGAUGCUCAGUGUUGCUGAGCAGUUCCUUGAGCAGCAAAUGCACCCAACUGUUAUCAUUCGCUCAUACCGACAGGCCUUAGAAGACAUGAUCCGCAUUCUGGAAGACAAAGUUAGCAUUCAACUUGAUGUAAAUGACCGUCCUAAGCUCCUUGAGGUCAUCAAGUCUUGUGUAGGAACUAAAUUCAUUGGUCGCUGGUCAGAUAUGGCCUGCUCUAUUGCUCUCGAUGCCGUUCAAACUGUUGCCCUUGAUGAAAACGGUCGCAAGGAAAUUGACAUCAAGCGUUAUGCUAAGGUGGAGAAGAUCCCUGGUGGAAGCAUGGAAGAUUGCACAGUUCUCAGUGGUGUUAUGGUUAACAAGGAUGUCACUCAUCCCAAAAUGAAAAGAUACAUUGAAAAACCAAGAAUUGUUUUACUGGAUUGCUCUUUGGAGUACAAGAAGGGUGAAAGCCAGACUAACAUUGAGAUUAUGAAAGAGGAAGACUUCACUCGAAUUCUGCAGCUAGAAGAAGAAUAUAUACAGAAGAUUUGUGCUGACAUUAUUGCUGUUAAGCCUGAUGUUGUUUUCACUGAAAAAGGCAUCUCUGACUUAGCUCAACAUUUCUUAAUAAAGGCUGGAAUCUCUGCCGUUCGCCGAGUUCGCAAAUCCGACAACAACCGUAUUGCUCGUGCCUGUGGAGCUACCGUGGUGAACCGAACUGAUGAGCUUAAGGAAGAAGAUGUCGGUACAAAGGCUGGUCUUUUUGAAAUCAAAAAGAUGGGUGAUGAAUAUUUCUGCUAUGUAACAGAAUGUGAAAACCCUAAAGCUUGCACUAUUUUGCUUAGAGGUGCAAGCAAAGAUGUCUUGAAUGAAACUGAGAGAAAUUUGCAAGAUGCUCUGCAUGUGGCUCGUAACAUCCUGAUGGAGCCCAGGCUUGUGCCAGGAGGUGGUGCUGUGGAGAUGGCUGUUUCUCAGGCUUUGGCAGAGAAAGGGAAGAGCAUCCAGGGUGUUUCCCAGUGGCCGUACCGUGCUGUUGCCUCAGCUCUAGAGAUCAUCCCUCGUACCCUCACUCAAAACUGUGGAGCCAACACCAUCCGAACUCUUACAGCGUUGCGAGCGAAACAUGCUGCAGGUGGAAGCACAUGGGGUAUCAAUGGUGAAACUGGACAGCUUGUUGACAUGAAGGAGCUUGGUGUGUGGGAGCCCUUGUCUGUCAAACUUCAGACUUACAAAACAGCUGUUGAGACUGCCAUCCUCCUCUUGAGGAUCGAUGACAUUGUCUCCGGAUCAAAGAAGAAGAAGGAUGACGCUGGCGGUGCCGCCCCUAUGCCUUCUGAAGAGGCCAUGAAAGAAUAAUCAAUAAAUUUCGCUUUUGGCUGUCAGUGCCUUUUUGCUUAACUUCACUGUUCCACCAACAUUUAAUAUUUUGCUAUGGAGCAAGAUUGUUACUACUUAAUAAUGCAUUUCUGAACUUGUUCUUCUUCUAACAAAUUUGUUAAGUUAUGUUUAUGAUUUCACAAGUGUGCACUGCAAAGUAACAUUGCAUUGGUCUGUAAUUUAUUCAUUACCUUAUUAUUGUUUGAGAGACAAUCCCCAGUGUAUUUGUGUCUGUGAUUUAUGUGCAUUAUGUCAGCUGUCAUUUCUCAUUUCUCAUUCAAAAUAAAUUAAAUAUUUUUACCAAAACCUGCCUUAGCUGUGCUGUAGCACUUACCCGAGAAUUCAUACAACUGUUGAUAUUUGAUCAUAAUUGUAAUGUACUGGAGGGAGUAUUUUUUAUUAAAUUUAUUCAUGCAAAACAA